AAUCAAGGGUUCGUUGAACCAACCGUAUCUAUUUCAUAUUAAAAAAUCAAUGGAACAGUCCGCAAUCGGUUUUAUUACACUUCUCAAAUGUCAACAUUUGGGAAUUGAAGGCUAUAUUUACUGCAUAUUAACACAAGGCGGCGGAAAUUGAUAGUGAUCUUUCGGAAUAGACGAGGCACUACGCUUGACGAGAUUGACGUAAUCAACAGUAGGUAUCCAGCACCCUUUAGCUAUCUAGAAUAGAAAUGGAGUGGAUGCGCUGUAAUUCCUGUUGGCUUAAAGUUGAAGAAAAACAAUCUUUAUUUCAUUUGACACAAUGUGGUCACGUGUAUUGUGAUAAAUGUAUUAUGAAAGCUGAAGAAAAAUGUUUCCAAUGUGGUUCAGUGGGUAAAAUCUCAUUACCUUUGAAUGAACCUUUAAGUCCCCAAAUAGCUCAUUAUUUUACAAGACCAACAGAUUUGCUGGAAAAAGUCAUACAAGCUGAGCAAUUUCAAGAAUCACAAUUGGCACUUUGUUUAAAACGAGCUGAUGCAAGUGAUACAAAGUAUCAAUCGUUAAAAGAAGCUUAUUGGGUAAGUGCUGAAAACCUUAAAAAGGUUGUACAAAAAUACAAUAAAUUAAAAAUGACUAUCAACUUAAUGGAAAAAGAAAAGCAUAAAUCUGUACCUAAUGGAAUGUACGCUCCGUCGAGUUUUCGGACACCACCAAAUCAAGCGAAUAAUCCAAAGUGCAGUCAACACCGAUAUUGUACUGAUAAGAUUACAGAUUCGGCUCAAAGAAAAAAUGAAGUUUUCCGUGUUCCAUCAGUUUCAAGAGCACCAAGGUCAGUUGGAUACUUUACUGCUUCUUCUACAAGUACAAACUCAUCAAAUUAUAGAAUGGCAGCUACUCCACAAUCAAACUAUUCACAUUAUUAAAAUUAACAAAUUCUACAAAAUCUAGUAAAUUCUCAUAAUUAUUAAAUAGAAUUGUUGAUUAUUCAAUCAAAGAUGAUCAUAAUUGAAUCUUUUAAUUUUUUUUGGCAAUUAUCAAGUUUCAUUAUUAGACUAAUAGCAAUUAGUAAGAAAGAGCAAUUAAGUAUCUUA